AUGGAAAACUACAUACGGGAAGGUCUGGCCCCUUUGAAGAGGUAUCUUUCAAUAAGUCAACAACAACAACAACAAGAUCAAGAUGAUAUAGAUCAAAAUUCACCAACUAGAAGAAGAACGUCGAAAGGAAAUGGGAAGAUGAUGGAUUGGGGUAUUGAUUUGGAAGAUAUGGAUAAUAUAAAUGAUAUAAGCUCACCAACAUUGAUAAAUGAUUUUACAAUAAAUACAUCAUCAACUACCAAUGCAACUUCUGAUAAUGGUGAGGAUAUAAUGGAUGGGUUAACUCCAUUUGUGGAAGAUAAAUUCCAUGAUUGGGGGAUUUCUCCUAAGAAAAAUCAUCAUGAUAAUCAUCAUAGAUUUACAUUACGUGAAUUUGUUAUGGAUCUAUUUGAUAGAUUAAAUGAUCAAAAUUAUCAAAAUAUGAAAUUUUUGGAUGAAUUUAGAUACAUACUGGUUAGUUCUCAAUUAUUAGAUGAAACCAUACUAAUUUCCAAGUUUAAAAAGAAGAGCUUGAUGGAGUUGAAUCAAAAGGGAUUUCAAAAAUUUGGUCAUUUAAUCAAAAUCAAUUCACACUUUCAAAUAAAUUCAAUCAUUUCAACAAUAAACAUUUUGAAAAUCAUCAAUGUUUUAAGUUAUCUUCAAAAAAAUCAAUACAAAUAUUCAUUACAACAAAUACGGCUUGUCUUGAUGAUAUCAACAAUUCAUUUAUCAUUUAUAAUAAAUUCAAAGUUAUUGAAACUAAAGAUUAUUCAGAAUAAGAUAUUGAAUCAAUUGAAAAAAUUCAUUAAGAAUUUCCAAAAAUUUGAUACUUUAAUUCAAAAAUUAAUAACAAAAUUUAAAGAGUUGAAAAUUUAUAACAAUAUACCCAGUCUGAAAAGUCAAACAACUAGUAAUAAUGAAAAUCCUGAUUCAAUCUAUGAUUUAUCUUCAAGUUCGUUAAUAUUAUCAAUUAAUGCCAUAACAAAUUUAUUCAAAUCAUUAUUAUCUUUAACAAAUGGUAUUGAAUUGGAAAAUUAUUGUGGGAUUUAUAACAUUGAAUUAACUCGAUUAGGAUUUCAAAUUGAUGAAUUGAAAUCAUUGAAAUUGAUUGAUGAUAAUCAAGAUGAUGUGGAUUUAAUUGUUUCAAAAUUUAAAAAAUUACAAUUCUUGAGAAGAUUUUUAAUUGUGGUGUUAUUAACUAUAAAUCAAUUUAAUAAUCAUUCACCAUUUUCAAAUAAAGUUUUUGAGAUUUUCAAAAUUAAACAAAAUGGUGGUGAGUGUAAAGUUUCAUUCUUAUCAAAAUUAAUAAUGGUUUCCAAUAAUUUAAAUGAUAUAUCCCAAUUUUGUGAAACAUUGAAUCAAUCCAUAAGACAAUCAAUUGAUGUAUCAAAUACAAUUAUAAAUCAUUCGGAGUUCCAGCAAAAUGAUUCAUCAUCAUCAAUUGAUUUGCUAUUAAAUAAAAUCAAAGAGUUUGAAUUACAAUUAAUGAUUGCAAGAAAUUCCAAAAAUCCAUCACAUUUGAAAGAAUUAGGUUCAAUUCUAGAAAAUUUAUCAAAUUUAUAUAAAAAAGAAUGUUCAACAUCACAAACAAACUCAAACUUGUUGAAAAUUGCUAAACAAAGAAAAAGAUUUUCAUUACCAUCAACAGCACUUCCUAUACAACAACAACAACAAAGAUCAAAAUCAACAUCUUCGAGAAGAAAUAGUUACAAAAGAUUGAGUACUGGUUUCACACUACCUUUACUUACUGUCACUGAAAAUGAAGAAGAGGAAGAGGAGAUUAAAACUAAAAGAGCUGUUUCUUAUGAUGAUAAUUAUUUGAAUAUAAUGCCCUCUCAUGAAACUUUCACAAAUGAUGAUUAUAUCAAUGAUAGAAAUUUGUUAUCAAAUGAUGAUAGUGUUGUUAUUACAUACAAUGAUGGUGGUGAUAAGGAUGAGGAUGAAGGCGAAGAGACUUUUGAUAAUGAAGAGUUUAAAAAAAAAUUGGAGUUAAAUUUCACUAGAAUGAUUCAAGGUGAUAGUAAGUUAAAAUAUGAAAAUAAUGAAGAAGUUAAUGAUGAGGUUAAUUUCAAUGAUCAACAAAUUGAUAAGGAGGAAAGUGCUCCAUUAAUGAAUGAAUUGAGAAAUGUUUUGAAUAGAUAG